GAACUCUGUUCACCUUUCUAAUUGGUCAGUUCUUGGCUUUGGAAAUAUAUGAGGUAAAUGUGUUGGGUGCACAUGAUUUCUGAUUAGUUUUGCUGAAGGGACAGAGAUCAGUAUUGUUCUGGAGGAUUAGUGUUCAUCCAUGACGUAACACUCCUUCCCUGUACCCAUAAGUAUCCGCGGAUUCGUGAUUUACCAAAACCCACCAGACUGGUAUAUAAGCAGUCCCUCUUGUUCAGGCUCCAUCACACCUGGGGAGAAUGGGUCUUCUGCAGCCAGCUGUUGUGUUGCUUCUGUUGUUGAUUGUCUUGUGUAUAGCGGGACAUGCAGUGGAUAAACACAAUGGGAGAGUUAUUGCGAAAAGAGAAGCCAGAAUCGCCUUGAACGAACUAAGAAAGAAGCACAUAUCACACGUUUUGAAGAGGUCAGCUGAUUCUGAAAUCGACGAAGAAGAGGCAAAUAUUGAUCUUACUAUGAUAGAACGGGAGUUAGAGCGAUUUGAAGAUACACUGCACAGCACUGAAGAAACUGGAGCCAAUCAACAUGAGGCUAAGGGCGGGGAAAAACUCAUCCAGGAAGCGCUGAAGGGUGAUGUUGAUCCCGACUCUGACGUGGUCAAUCUGUUAGAGAGCAUGUAUGUGGACGAAGGUUCCAGACACAACCAGCACCCGAAAGGUAUUGAAAACAUCGCCGCAAAGAAAGGAAAGGUAUUUGGUGACACCCACGACGCUCAUCGCUUAACGCAACAUCAGAUUAAGGAGCUAAAUCAGAAUGGUGGAAGAAAGAAGAAUUUCCUGAAAUCAGCCACUUUCUGGACAGAUCUCACCAUCCCUUACACCAUCCACAGCAGCUUUUCUGGCUUUACUACAUCAUCGGCAACACAGAAUCCCUCAACUCUCUAUCCAGUGACAUCAUUCCAAACAAUUCGGUAUCCAGUAACAUCGUUCCCAACACAAUUCCCCACAACACAGACCUCGUCACCACCUGUUGUAGACCAGGAUCUUCAUUGUACUUUUGAAACUGGAACAUCAUGCUUCCUGAAUAACAGCAACAAUGAUGAUUUUGAUUGGCAGACUGGACAAGGUUCUGCAGCGUCUGGAGGAACAGGUCCUACUUCAGCAUACGAGGGACAUCAAUAUUCUUAUAUAGAUCCCUCGGCACGGCAAGGGUUUGGCUCAGCUAUUCUACGUGGCCCGACUGUCAGAACAACUCAGCCCUUCUGCCUAAGGUUUGCUUACCAAUUGCAUGCUUACCGAUUGUAUGAUACGUCAAUUAGCACCUUAACUGUGCUAAUGAGGCUUUCCGAUUCCGAUGACUACCAACAUUUAUUCAUAAGCCAUGAGGAUUCAGGAAACCAUUGGAUUGUGAAACAAAUUACUGUUCCACCUUCGAAUGGAGAGAUCCUGUUCAGUGGUCUUCUAAGAUCAAGCACCAGCGGGAAUAUUGCUAUUGACGAUGUCCACUUUGUGUCGGGGGAUUGCUACUCCGCUGGCAUUAUUACAUCACCGGAAACACAGAAUCCCUCAACUCUCUAUCCAGUGACAUCAUUCCAAACAACUCUAUAUCCAGUAACAUCAUUCCCCACAACACAGACCUCGUCACCACCUGUUGUAGACCAGGAUCUUCAUUGUACUUUUGAAACUGGAACAUCAUGCUUCCUGAAUAACGUCAACAGAGAUAGUUUUGACUGGCAGACUGGACAAGGUUCUGCAGCGUCUGGAGGAACAGGUCCUACUUCAGCAUACGAGGGACAUCAAUAUUCUUAUAUAGAUCACUCGGCACGGGAAGGGUUUGGCAUAGCUAUUCAACGUGGCCCGACUUUCAGAACAACUCAGCCCUUCUGCCUAAGGUUUGCUUACCAAUUGCAUGGUACGGCAAUUUGCACCCUUAUUGUGGAAAUGAAUUUUUCCGAUGGCCAGCGAGAUUUAAAUUUAUUCCAAAGCUAUGAUGAUUCAGGAAACAAUUGGAUUGUGAAACAAAUUACUGUUCAACCUUCGAAUGGAGAGAUCCUGUUCAUUGGUCUUCUAAGAUCAAGCACCCGCGGGAAUAUUGCUAUUGACGAUGUCCACUUUGUGUCGGGGGGUUGCUACUCCGUGCCAAUCGCCCUUCCUCUAAGCUGCACGUUUGAAGUCGGAACCGAGUGCUUCCUGAAAGACGCUGUAGGAUCUGACGACUUUGAUUGGACCAUUUUAAGUGGUCGAACGCCGUUAUAUGGAACUGGCCCUUCGAACGCAGCUGAAGGAAGCCGAUAUGCUUAUAUUGAAAGUACUGGGAACGAUCCGCAUUCUAAGGCUUCAUUGGAAAGAAUAGUGCAAAUUCCCAAAGAUGGAAAUAUGUGCUUAUCAUUCAACUACCACAUGUACGGACAAACGGUCGGAACCCUAAAGGUACUUUUCCAGGACCUGAUCUUUUUUCAUGAGGUUGGUAAUAAAGGAGACCAGUGGAACAAAGCCGAAUUUACUCUGUUUAACGUGAGCAGUACAGUCGUUUCAAAGAUACAGUUCACAGCUACACAAGGAACUGGUUACGAAGGCGACAUAGCUAUUGAUAACAUACAACUCACUGAAGGAAAAUGUGCUAUUAUAGCGCGCUGCACCUUUGAAGUCGGAACCGAGUGCUUCCUGAAAGACGUUGAAGUAACUGACGAUUUUGAUUGGACCAUUUUAAGUGGUGAAACACCGUCAUUGGAAACUGGUCCUGCAAAGGCAUUCGAAGGGAGCAGAUAUGCUUAUAUUGAAAGUACUGGGAUAGAUCCGUAUUCCAGGGCUUCGUUGGAAGGAAUAGUACAACUUCCUAAAGAUGGAGACAUGUGCUUAUCAUUUAAUUACCACAUGUACGGAGAGACGAAUGACUCCCUGGAGGUUCUUUUCCAAAAUAUAACCUAUUUUAAUGAGUCUGGUAAUAAAGGAAACCAUUGGAACAAAGCCAAAUUUUCCCUGUUUGAUCAGAACAGUACAGUCGUUUCAAAGAUACAGUUCACAGCUACCCGAGGAUCUAGUAACAAAAGUGACAUAGCUAUUGAUAACAUACAACUCACUGAAGGAGGAUGUGUGAAAGAUUGCAGGAUCAAUCCUUGUCAUACCAAUGAAAUCUGUAUCCAGGAGACUAGCACUACUUACCGAUGUGAUUGCCGUCCAGGCUUUAUUGGACAUUUUUGUGAUGUUGUUCCUGGUCAAGCAAACUGCACAUUUGAGAAAGGGGAGGACUGUUUCUUAAAGAACAGUACUCGCAACGAUUUUGACUGGUCCCUCAAUUCUGGGAGAACUCCAAGCUCUAAAACUGGUCCAGGUUCUGCCAAACAAGGUUCAUGGUAUGCCUACAUUGAAACUACUAAUAGGCUUCUUGGUCAGAAGGCAAUGCUUAUCCCCAAAUAUAGGUUUAAAAGUGAAGAACGUUGUCUUACGUUUGCAUACUACAUGUGUGGAGAAACAUGCGGUUCUUUGAGAGUACUACAAGAAAAAUAUAAGAAUACAACUGAACUAUUUUCAAAAUCUGGUGAACAGAGCAAUUCUUCUACAAAUUGGAAAAUUGCUUCGCUUAGUAUAAAUCACUCUGUGCACCAAAGAAUAGUUUUUGAAGUAACUAUAGGAACAUCAUUUACGGGAGACAUUGCUUUAGAUGAUAUCAAAUAUUUUCCAGGAAGAUGUGCUUGUGACCAUAUAACUUGUAAGAAUGGAGGAACAUGUCUGAGUAAGCAGAACGGAGGAUUUUGUCAAUGUCCACCAGAGUUUACAGGGAAUCGGUGCGAAAAAAAAAUUGGUGUUUUGGCGUCUUGUACUUUCGAUGAUGGUUCUUGUUUUUUGACUAACAUCAACGGCCAAGACACCAUGGACUGGUUAAUCACUAAGAAGCGCACUCCAAGUCUUAACACAGGUCCCAACAAACCCCUGGACGGAAACUACACCUUUAUAGAGGCCUCGGGACGUACAGCUGGCGACAACGCUAUUCUCAGUUCCGCAGCAACGUCACAAUUUUUUCUUCGCGCAGGUCCGGCAUGUCUUCGAUUCUUCUACAACAUGAAUGGCCGUGGCAUUGGAACAUUGAACGUAUUUGCGGGCGAAAGUAACUCAGAACAAAACGUCUGGAAUAUCUCUGGGAAUCAAAAUGAUAUUUGGACCCCAGUGGCCGUAGAUAUUCCGCCUGUAAACGAUCUUGUGAUUUGGAUUGAGGCUAUCCGUGGAAAGAGCUACCUUAGUGACAUCGCCAUAGACACGAUUGAACUCUUUGAUUCCCCUUGCAUUGCUUCCCUCUCGAGUCUUCCACAAAGAUGCACCUUUGAAGAUGGAGCAGAUUGUUUUCUGAAGGACGAUAAAAAAUUCGACGACUUUGAUUGGAUUGUUAAAUAUGGCAGAACACUAUCACGGGAUACAGGUCCCUCAAUGGCGGCUGAAGGGAAAAAGUAUGCUUACAUUGAAGCUUCCGGAAAACAUCCAGGUGUUAGGGCUACAUUGGAAAGAUUAGUACCAGUGCCAGCAGAUGGAAAAAUGUGCCUGUCAUUUGAAUACCAUAUGUUUGGAAGAACCAUGGGUUCGCUGGAAGUGCUUUUCCAAAACACGACUAUAUUUCACGAGUUUAGUGACAAAGGAAACACGUGGAACAAAGCUGAAUUGAAUUUGAAUGGUCUGAAUAGUACAGAUGUUCCAUUGUUGCAGUUUACAGCCACCCGAGGAUCUGGUUUCCAGAGUGACGUAGCUAUUGAUAACGUACAACUUGCUGAAGGUGAAUGUGCCGUCCCUCUGCCUACCUGAACUAUUAACAAUGAUACUCUAUCUCAGAAUCUUCUGUUGGACCCGGCAUUCGACAAUUGGACACGAUACAAAUUGCGUGAUUUCGCCAAGAUGUUACAGAACUUAUUUAAUCAAUUUAUAGUGAUUAGUGUCUGUGAUAUUCUUGCUUGAUACAUCAUUCAAUGAUAAUUUAUAUAAUAUAAGAUAUUUAUUGACACUGAA